UCUGGGCCGCCACCGCAGGGAGCUGCCGUCACCGCCUGCCCUCUGCCGGGCGAGGAGGAGCAGGAGCGCGCCGAGUGACGUGCCCCCCCCCCCCCCCGAUCCCGGAGCUUAGCAUGAUUCAUCAACAGCUGCCGCUAAGAUGCUGCGCGCAGCCCCGAUGUAGCUCUUGAGCGCCGAUCCUCUCGCCGCACCCCCGGCCCGAGACUUUCCCUUUGCCUUUGGGCGCCGCGGGAAAAGGCAGGCAAGAUGGAAGAAAUCUUAAAGAAGCUGCAGAAGGAAGCGUCGGGGAGCAAAUACAAGGCGAUCAAGGAGAGUUGCACCUGGGCCAGCGAAACAUUAGAAUCUCUGGAUGAUACUACCAAGAUCCCUCCUUAUCAGUUAAGGGAGAAGUGUCUCCUUCCACUGCAACUGGCUUUGGAGAGCAAGAAUAUGAAACUGGCACAGCAAGCUCUAGCAGGGAUGCAGAAGCUACUGUCUGAUGAGCGAUUUGUAUCCAUGGAAACUGACUCUGAUGACAAGCAGUGUCUUAAUCAAAUGCUGAACGCAAUCAGAGUGACUCCAUCUCUCAAUGAGGACCUGCAGGUAGAAGUGAUGAAGGUAUUGCUUUGCAUAACAUACGCGCCAACAUUUGAGUUGAAUGGAAGUUCUGUACUUAAGAUUGCUGAAGUUUGUAUUGAAACUUAUAUUUCCAGUUAUCACCAGCGGAGUAUUAAUACAGCUGUACGGGCAACCCUCAGCCAGAUGUUGAGUGAUUUGAUUUUACAAUUACGGCAAAAACAAGAAAAUACAAUGACCGAAAACCAAGGAGUUCUUCAAGGCUGCAAGAAUUCAGAUUCCACCACUGAAUCAUUCUGUGAUGAUGUUGUAUCUGUCUAGGUCUUUUGUGAAAAACUUCAGACAGCAAUCAGUGAGAAUCAGCAGUUGCAGCUUCUCUACCUGGAAUGCAUUCUUUCCAUGCUGAAUAGCUUCUCUUCUGGUAUGCACCACCAUAAAGGAUUCACUGACCUCAUCUGGAAGCAGCUGUGUCCAGCCCUGAUAGUAAUCUUGGGCAAUCCGGUUCAUGAUAAAACGAUCACAUCUGCUCACAGCAACACCAGUCAUGAAGCUGAUUCUCCUUCUUCCGGAGUCUCUGACCAUGGCCGAGGAUCAGGCUGCUCUACAACUGCCCCUGCCCUUAGUAGUCCUGUUGCACGGACUAUCUACUACAUUGCAGCAGAGCUUGUUCGGUUGGUGGGCUCAGUGGAGUCCAUGAAGCCUGUUCUGCAGUCUCUCUACCAUCGGAUGCUUCUGUAUCCUCCACCCCAGCACAGAGUAGAAGCUAUCAAGAUCAUGAAAGAGAUACUUGGAAGUCCUCGGCGGCUUUGUGAUUUAGCAGGUCCCUGCUCUACAGAACCAGAAUCAAAAAAGAGAUCCAUUUCAAAAAGAAAAUCCCACCUGGACCUUCUUAAACUAAUCUUGGAUGGGAUGACGGAAGCCUGCAUAAAAGGUGGCAUUGAAGCCUGUUAUGCCUCAGUAUCCUGCGCCUGUGCCCUGCUUGGAACUCUGGAUGAGCUAAGUCAAGGAAAGGGCCUUGAUCAGGAGCAAGUACAUCUGCUUCUCCGGAGGCUGGACGAGUUAAAAGAGGGGGCUGAGACCAGUAGAGAUUCCAUGGAGAUCAACGAUGCUGAUUUUAGGUGGCAAAGACGUAUCCUGUCAUCGGAACAUGCCCCCUGGGAGCCAGGCCAUGAGAAGAGUCCUGACAUUAGUAUUAGUGUUACCACAGAUACCGGUCAGACAACCCUGGAAGGAGAUAUGGGACAGACAACCCCAGAUUCUGACAUUCGUAAAAAUUCUUUGCAAUCCCCAGCUGGACAAGCAGGCAAAGAAAUUCAUUAUAAAGAGCCAGAAUCAGAAACAAUUGACCAACCGGAUGUAGUUCAACGGAGCCAUAAUGUUGUCUAUCCAGAUAUAACUAAUUUCCUUUCUGUUGAUUGCAAGGUCCGUUCGUGUGGAUCUAGAUACAGCGAGAGUAAUUUCAGUGUUGAAGACCAAGAUCUUUCCAGAACUGAAUUUGAUUCAUGUGACCAGUAUUCCAUGGCAGCAGAAAAAGAUUCUGGAAGAUCAGAUGUGUCGGAUAUAGGUUCAGAUAACUGUUCUUUAGCUGAUGAAGAACAGACGCCACGGGACUGUCCGGGUCACAAGUCUUUACGAACUGCUGCCCUUUCCUUGAAGCUACUUAAGAACCAGGAAGCAGAUCAGCAAAGUGCCAGGUUGUUUAUUCAGUCUCUUGAAACUCUCCUUCCUCAUCUUAUAGCUGUUGCUACAGUAGAAGAGGUAGAUUUGGCUCUCCAGAACUUUUCUUCAAGUUUUUGUUCAGACAUGAUGCAUUCUCCAGGAAUUGAAGGGAAUGUCAGCUUUAACUUCCAGAACCUGAUGAACGCAGAUAGCCUCUACGCAGUCUCUCACUACAUACUCCUGCUGAACCUGAAGCUGUCAAACGCAGAAUACUAUCGGAAGAAACCUGCCCAGUCCCCUGUAUUAUUGAAGGAAUUCAUGAAACAGGUCCAAUCCAGUGGGGUUCUGAUGGUAUUUUCUCAGGCCUGGGUUGAAGAACUUUACCAUCAAGUAUUGGAGAGAAAUCUUCUUGGGGAAGCUGGUUAUUGGGGAAAUCCUGAAGAACAUAGCCUUCCACUCAUUACUAUGCUGACAGGCAUUGAUGGCUUGGGAAGCAGUGCAAUAGGUGGGCAGCUGAUGGCUUCGGCUUCCAAACAAUCUCCUCUCUCCCAGACCUGGAAACCAGAUGAUACAUUGAUGGCAGGAGUUGCUUUCGCCCGAUACCUUCUAAUUGGUUGCUGGAAGAAUUUGAUUGAUACCUUAUCAACACCUCUGACUGGCCGCAUGGCAGGGAGCUCCAAAGGAUUAGCAUUCAUUCUUGGAGCUGAAGGCAUCAAGGAGCAGAACCAAAAGGAGAAGGAUGCCAUCUGCAUGAGUUUAGAUGGGCUAAGGAAGGCAGCUCGGCUCAGUUGUGCUUUAGGAGUUGCUGGUAAUUGUGCAUCAGCCCUUGCCCAGAUGGCAGCUGCCUCUUGUGUUCAAGAGGAGAAAGAGGAAAGAGAUGCCCAAGAGCCCAGUGAUGCCAUUGCUCAAGUAAAACAGAAAGUGGAGCAGAAACUGGAGCAGAUGGGGAAGGCGCAAGGUGUCUGCCUCCACACCGCUCAUGUUUUAUGCAUGGAUGCUGUUCUUGCUGUGGGAUUGGAGAUGGGAAGCCAGAAUCCAGACUGUUGGCCUCAUGUGUUUAGAGUAUGUGAAUACAUCAGCACUCUGGAACAUGCCCAUUUCAGCGAUGGCACUUCUCAGCCACCUGUAACUAUCACCCAAGCCCAACAGGGAGCAGUGGCACUUCAGGGUGAAGUUCAGACUACAGACUCUCCCCAGGAACUGAUUCUGGAGCAAGAGACAGCCCUAAGGAACAAUCCUGUCAUCCAACCAGUAUCCAUUCAGGAUCUCAUCAAAGAAAGCAGUAAGGGAAGAGCUUUUGAUUUUCGAGGAGGCAGCCUGAUGACCGGGAGCAGUGCUGCCAAGGCUAUCCUCACCCUCUCUAAUCAAGCUGACAGGCUUUUUGAAGAUGCUGUUGAACUGAAUCUGAUGGCUUUGGGAGGUUUCCUGUACCAGCUAAAAAAGGCCUCCCAAUCCCAACUCUUCCAGUCAGUUACAAACACAGUCGAUUAUUCUUUGGCCAUGCCAGGUAUAAAUAAAUCCACUCAAGAAAGAAGUGCCCUUCACUUGUUCCGUCUAGGGACCAUGCUCCGAAUUGUGAGAAGUAGAAAACGGCCUUUGCUCCAUCUUAUGCGCUUGCAUCUAGUGGCUCCUCACUUAGUGGAAGUGAGCGCUGCCAUAAAGAACACAGUUUCUCAGAAGGCUGUUUCUUUUAUCCAUGACAUCCUAACAGAGGUUCUAACAGUCUGGAACGAACCGCCUCAUUUUCACUUCAGCGAGGCCCUUUUUGGCCCUUUGGAGCUCAUCAUGCAGCUUGAACUUUGUGAUGAGGACAUUCAGGACCAGGUGGUCACAUCUAUAGGAGAGCUGGUGGAGGUGUGCUCAACUCGAAUUCAAUCAGGCUGGAGACCAUUGUUCAGUGCUUUGGAAACUGUGCGCAGCAGCAGCAGCAAGUCAGAAGUUAAAGAGUAUCUUGUUGGAGAAUAUUUGAUGGGUGAGGAAAUGUCAGCUCCAGUUUUUGAUGUCUUCGAAGCUUUUCUAAAUACUGACAACAUCCAAGUCUUUACAAAUGCCGCCACCAGUUACAUCAUAUGCCUUAUGAAAUUUGUCAAAGGAUUAGGGGAAGCCGACUGCAAGGAUAUUGGUGACUGUACAUCAGGAUACCCAUCUACAGAUUUGUGCCUUCCUGCACUUGAUUAUCUCAGGAGGUGUUCCCAGCUACUUGCCAAAAUCUACAAAAUGCCCUUGAAGCCUAUUUUUCUCAGUGGGAAAUUGCUACUUACCCAAAGGAUCCAGGAACGAUCCGCAAGCAGUGAGGAUGGCAUUGAAUGUGUCCUUUCUGAGUUUGACGAUGACAGAUUUUGUUUCUUAGGCCUUAUUAAUGUCUGGAUCCUUCUGCUAGAAGAGCUAACUACUGCUGUGUCUAAUUGCCCUCGGCAGAACCAGCCUCCUACUUUGGAUCUGCUCUUCGAACUACUAAGAGAGUGUUACCAAAAACACCAGCUGCUCUCUUUCCUGGUCAGCAUAGGGUAUUUAAUUAUAAGCAAAAAGCGAGUUAAAGAUACUGAACUUGUCAGCUGGAAAGUUGACAGUCCAGGCCCAGGAUUUGGUAUUUAUGCAGUCGUACACCUCCUGCUCCCUACAAUGUCUCUUUGGCUUCAUCGCAGCCAUGGCGAUCAUUCUUACUGGGAUGGGGCAUCCGCUAAUUUCAAACAUGCCAUUGGCCUUUCCUGCGAAUUAGUGGUGGAGCACAUUCAAAGUUUCAUACAUUCAGAUGUUGGCUAUGAGAAUAUGAUCAACACGAUGCUCAAAGAUCUUUUCAAGUUACUUGUAGCUUGUGUAGCGGAAACCACAGAGACCAUCUCUAGAGUCGGGUGCUCUUGUAUCAGAUAUGUACUGGUGACAGCUGGUCCUGUUUUUACUGAAGAAAUGUGGCGUCUGGCAUGUUGUGCUUUAGAGGAUGCUUUUUCAACUACUCUUGAACCAGUGAAGAAUCUGUUGGGCUAUUUCCACAGCGGCUCUGAAAACCUGAGUGGUGAUGCCUGUGAGAUGAAAAUGGCAGCUCCUUCCCUCUCCCCUAGUGCUGAAGCUGAAUACUGGAGAAUAAGGGCGAUGGCCCAACAAGUUUUCAUGUUGGACACCCAAUGCUCCCCAAAGACACCCAAUAACAAGGAAGGAUUUGAGCAUGCUCAAUCCUGUCUGCUUAUUAUUGAGCUGCCUCCUGAUAGGAAGUCCAAUGGCCACUCACAGAAAAGUAUCCCUUUCAGAACAAUUGUAGUGAGCCUGCUUUCCCAUCAAGUCCUGCUGCAGAAUUUAUAUGAUAUUUUGUUGGAAGAAUUUGUGAAAGGGCCCUCACACACUGAAGAGAAGGUAACACACCAAUUGCCAGAAACCAAACUCACUGGUUUCCUCAGGUACAUUUCUAUGCAGAACUUGGCUGUCAUCUUUGAUUUACUAUUGGACUCCUACCGAACAGCCAGAGAGUUUGAUACAAGGACUGGGCUGAAGUGCUUGCUCAAAAAGGUAUCUGGCAUUGGUGGGGCCGCCAACUUGUACCGCCAGUCGGCUAUGAGCUUCAAUAUCUACUUCCAUGCCUUGAUCUGUGCUAUUGUGACCAAUCAGGAAAACAUCACUGCGGAACAGGUGAAGAAAAUCCUUUUUGAAGAUGAUGAAAGGAGCACAGAUUCAUCCCAACAAUGCUCUUCAGAAGACGAAGACAUUUUUGAAGAGACUGCUCAAGUCAGCCCACCAAGGGGGAAAGAGAAGAGGCAGUGGAGGGCCAGGUUGCCAUCGCUGAGUGUCCAACCCGUGAGCAAUGCAGACUGGGCUUGGCUAAUCAAAAGGCUUCACAAACUCUGCAUGGAGUUAUGUAAUAACUACAUUCAGAUGCAUUUGGAUUUGGAAAAUAGUGUCGAUGAGCUCCCUGUCUUCAGGGGCGACCCCAUCUUAAUCCUUCCAGCCUUUCAAUCAGAAACACCCGUAUCAUCUACUGGAGCCCUUUCUGGAAAAAACACCCCUUCAGAAGAUGAUAGAAGCCAGAGUAGGGAUUUCCUCACCGAAAACCUCACUCCUAAGGGAAGUACAGAUAUGAUGCUUCUUCCACCUUUGAGCCCCAAAAUGGAGAAGAAAGAACAAGGCAGGAAAAAAGAAUGGUGGGAGAGUGCUAGCAACAAAAUUUACAGCAUAGCAACAGACAAAACCAUAUCAAAACUAAUGACGGAGUAUAAAAAAAGAAAACAACAGCAACAUAAUUUAGCUAAUUUCUCCAAAGAGAUGAAAGCUGACAAGAAAGGGGAUCCGCUCGGCACAAGAGGGCCAGAUUCACCUCUCCACCAUCGGCCACAAAAUCUGAUUGAUCAAGGCCAGAUGAGACACUCCUUUAGCGCCGGGCCAGAGAUUCUGAGGCAAGAAAAGAGGCCACGCUCCGGGUCUACUGCCAGCUCAUUCAGCAUAUCGGUCCGGGAUGGGGAGGCACAAAUACAGGCAUGGACCAACAUGGUUCUGACAGUUCUUAAUCAGAUUCAAUCCCUACCAGACCAGAUCUUCAUCGCUCUACAACCAGUGGUAUUUCCCUGCAUCAGUCAAUUGACUUGCCAUGUGACAGACAUCCGGGUUCGUCAGGCUCUGAGAGAAUGGCUGGGACGAGUGGGAAGGGUUUAUGACAUCAUUGUGUAGAAGACUUUAGUUGCCUUAUCAAAGAGAGACUGAAUCUAAGAUACUUCGAGGAACAGAAAUAAAGUGCAUUUGUUGAAAUCUUUGUCUAUUAAAAAAAAAUGGUAGAAGGAUGUACAUCUGCCCAUUUGCUUGUCAGUAAUAACUAGCAAGAUCUGUUCCAUGCUGUUAAAUCUUAAGAGCACAGUGUAGUCAUACUCAUGACACCAGAUAAUGUAAUAUAAUAACAAGAGCCUUUCUAUUAAAUUUGAAAUGGGUAUUCAGACAGGCUGAUAUUCAAACAGGCUGACAGUCUCAAUAUGUUUGAUACUGCAUCUCAAAAGGAAAAAAAAGCAGUUUGUGGAGCAAGGAAAACAGCAUGGAAUGGACGCAGUCAUGUAAUAGGCUUUGCCAAGAUUGACCAUUGAGAAUGUAAAGAUUGCUGAGAUGUCUUUGGUACAGAUUUGUGUUACGUCUUAUAUGAGGCAUCUGAUCCUUAAGCCAUCUGAAUUUAAAACAAUAGUUGUACCAAUGAACAGAGGAGCCCAUUUAUUCUAAUCUUUAUAAAACAUCUUGGCAAUGAAAACUAGGCCUCCAGACUUAGGAAGUCACUAUUUCAAUGUGAUUGUAACAGGUUUUCAGACAGAAAUACUUAACCAUCUUGGAAGUACCGCAUAGGCUCUAUGAAUUAUUUCAUAUUGCUAUAAGGGUGUCUGUCUAAAAAUUAUUAGAAUUGUCCAAUGCUGAUUUGAGAAAUAAGCUGAAGUCAUUUUUCUCAUUUUGGUGCAAACCCAAGACCAAAAAUGUAUUUUCUCUGUUGUGUAAGUUGCAAGUGCUAGUUAGGUUUUCUGGUUCUAUAUCUUUACUUAUCCCUUCACUGGGUGUUAACAAAUGGGCUGUGAAGUGUGUCCCAAGUUUUCUGUUUUCAGGCUUUCCAUUUGUAUUGCCUGGCUUCUCUGUCAGGACAAAAGAAUCUGAAAAUUAGGCACAUGACUAGAAUUUGUAGAGUUAUCAAAUUUAUACACUUACCACAAAUCUGUAAAAUAGAUUGUUCUCAGAGAUAUUUGGUGACCUUUGUAGUUUUAUGGCCAAGCAGAAAUAUCACUCACUCAUCAUUCUUUUCUUAAGCCAAGCUGGGUGACAUCCAUAGCUGAAAAUAAAGAUAUGUAAGAAACGUUAUGUUAAUUAUGGGACAAAUUGAGCCACCACAUCUAUUUUAUAUAAAAUGUAUAAAUGUUUUCUCUGCGUUUUCUUGCAGAGAGUAAAAUGUAACUUUAAAUAUUAGUGUAUAAUUUAAUAGGCUAGUUACAAUUGAGAAAAGGAUACAGAAGUAAGGGAAAAUAUACAAGUUUAUAUAAUGUGGCCAUUAUAUAAAAGGCAGUUCUUGAGAUGAAAAACGGAGAAAAAUUAGUAUCUAGUUUGUAGGACGCUGAAGUGAUGGAGGUAGCUGGCUGGUAUGGUUGUGAAUGGAAGAGAAGAGCAGCCAAUUAGGUGUUAAUUCCAGUAAGGGAAUUUGGGAAAGGCAGCUGUCACCUCAUCUUGCCUUCACAAUAGCAUUUCCACCCCGACAACUUCUCACACUGAAAUUGACCACAAUUGUUUAACUCUGGGUCUCCAAACAUAUAGAAGGCUCGGAGAACGUGACGAUGUUUUCCGUCCCUAUAGUUGGCCAAAUAGCAGAAUGACUAGAACUCCACCCACCUAUCCAAUUUCUCUAUAAUGAUAAUUACAGAAAUAUAAACUCCAAAUCCCCCUGAGAAGUUGCUCUGAUGGGAAGCUAUACGAGGUGAGGUUGUUUGGGAAAAUGCAAACAAAGCACUAAUAGCCUCUGGUGCUUUCUCAGUCAAUUCAACAUCAACCCUUUCAUACGUUCAGACACAAGUAUGGAUUGUAUAUGUGAAAUCACUUCUUAUUGCGGACCAUUUUUCCAUCAGCUAUUUUUCCUUAUAUCUGUGACCAGGGCUUAAUGAUCAUGUUUGGUGAAGGAAGAUAAGUUCUUAAUAUUGGAAACCUAUGGAUCAAGAUGCACUGGGUGGUGGCAGAGGAGUUCAGGGGCAGAUGGCAAGGGAGGCGUGAGAUUUUUAUCAGUGAGAAAACCAAUGACCCACAAGAUGUGCAGAGAUAGUGAUUAAGCUUCUUUGGAUCAGUCUGGUCUGGAGCUGAUGCCAGAGGAAUUCAGGACACUGGUGUGAAAGUGCCUAUAGGCAGCUGGUGAAGAAUGAAUCCCAGCUACACCAAUACAGGGAAGCUCACCUUUGAACUACUGCUAAAACUGAACAACUGGUGGUCAUGUUUCACUGCUAAAAAAAUGAUACGUAGUAUGUGAGUCCGCACACUUUCCUCAUGUCUUACAUGAAUGUGAUCAAACCCUGCAUCUGCCUUCUCUCUCUUUGUUAAGUCAUUGUUGGAUAUAUGCCCAAAUGAGCUGUUGUAUCAGCAAGUGUUAGAGGCACCAGCAAAGUGUUCUGUUGGGGUGCAGUUGGGAUCAACCUUAUGAGCAUUGCAGCGUUGCCUGUUGUGCUAGCCUUCAUUUUCAACCACAGGCAUCGAACUGAUUGAGUGGAAGAGCCUUAAUCAGCCUUGCAGCUUGCUUGAACAGCAAACAGUCCAGUUUCCUUUGCUUCCCCGCUUUCUCGUUCAUUCAACAGAAGACUUUGAAUGUACAAGUUGUGUCAGCUGCUGCUGAACUCUAGUGAUUGUCUAUUCUGAAUUAUUGAAUUAUUUGUCAGUGCUAUGCCCUGAGAUGAUUGUUUGAUUCUUCUAUUUGUUUGUUCUUUAAGAUUUAAAUAAUGCUGUGUUUCUAUGGUUCUUUGUGAAGAGGGGAUUGUUUUAGGGGAACAUUUUCACAUGGUGUACACCUACAUUGUUUGUGAGAUCUUAUACACGUACUCUAGUUUGUCACUUUGAAGUAUCUGUUGAACAUGGUAACUUGAGCAGAGAGACAGAAUCACCAUACACAAAAAAAGUUUAAUCUGUUCUCCUGAAUACUGAAAAAAAAGUUUCGAUUUCAAGUGUUGCUUUUCAGUUCUGUGCUGUUGGGUGUAGGUUACUUGUACAUGCUGUGCGUGGAAUGACAAAGUGCUAAUAUUUCGUACAUAAAAAGUGGAAUAACAAAAUGUAACAAACUUGUAGGGCCACUAUUACAAAAGCAGGCAACAAUUUAUUAUUAUUUAUUUCAAAGAAGGGAAGUAUUACACAUUCCUGC